AUGAUCAUUGAGUAUGAUUCUCCCAAGGAAGAUAACUGUCCCAGGGACCACGAUGAUGAGUGGGAGGUCCUGGCGAGGAACAGGCGGCUGCUGCCGAACACUAACCGGGAGAAUUCAGGAGGGGCCGAAAGGAAGGAGGAGACGUCAGCUCACAUAAUUGUUGCCGAAGACCUGCAGCUGAGACCCACACUGGCUACAGGAGCCAGAGCAGGACAAGGCUCAGCAGGUUAUAGGAACGAGGGCUCCGGCUCCAGCUGGGAAAGCAGAGAAACAGGAAUCAGGCUGGGCAAGUGUCUGAAUGGAACGGACCCCCAGGGACGUCCCUUGUUCCAGCCUCUGACCACCAUCCAACCUUUUUUACAGUCGCAUCCUUUGGAAUCAGCCACUCAGCUAUCCUUGGUCAUCGAGACCAGUCAACACCUUAUUUUGAGCUCCCAGAUUCGUCAGAAUUAUCCCAGCCAGGCGGAGGCCAUCGUCUACCGCCUGGCCAACAUGCAUCUGUGGGCUGCCUACACCUACCUCACUCUGGACUUCUAUUUCCACCACGAUGAUGUGGCACUGGAGAGCAUGGGCCACUUUUUCCGCGAAUUGGCCGAGGAGAAGUGCGAAGGCACGGAGCAUCUCUUGAAAAUGCAAAACCAGCACGGCGGCCACACCCUCUUCCAGGACGUGCAGAAGCCAUCUCAAGAUGAGUCGGGUAAAACCCAGGAUGCUACGGAGGCCGCCACUCUCAUGGAGAACCUGAACCAGGCCUUCGUGGACCUGCAUGCCAUGGGUUCUGCCCACGCAGACCCCCACCUCGGUGGCUUCCUGGAGAGCCGCCUCCUGGAUGAGCAGGUGAAAUUCAUCAAGAAGAUGGGCGACCACCUGAUCAACCUCCGCAGGCUGGCUGGUCCCCAGGCACGGCUGGGUGAGUCUCUCAUUAAAAGGCUCACCCUGCAUCCUGACUAG